GGCGGGGCUUAAACGACUUCCCACGUAAACACGUGACUUGGGAGCUGUAUUUAAGGCCACAUUUAAAGCAUUAACGUACAUUUGUAUAUAUUUUUUUCCUUCUCUUUAUUUGAGGAAGGGUAAGGGCGGUUAAAGAGAUCAGCCACGCCGUGAUCUCCAGGGGGAAGAAAAUGUCCAGCAUCAGGUUUGGAAGCAGCGUUGGUCCUGCAAGGAUUACAGGAAAUGCUCAGGAGGUCAGGGAGGAAGCUGAAGCCAAACCAGUUGAUGAUGCCGAUCCAAACGUGAUGAUGCAGUGCCCUUAUGACAAGAACCAUCAGAUUCGGGCCUGUCGCUUCCCCUUUCACAUUCUCAAGUGUGCCAAGAAUCAUCCCAAACUAGCAAGUGAACUUAAGACAUGCCCUUUCAAUGCCAAGCACUUGGUUCCCAAGCAUGAGCUGGCACAUCAUAUUGAGCACUGUGAAGAUAAACGAUUAAUUACUAUGGAGGAUGAUGGCAACAAUAAGAUGCACUCGAAAUUUCAUGUGCCUAUUAAGUGCACAGCCCCUGCAUGUGAGGAGGACUGGGAAAAAGAGGCUGAUGACAAUGCUGCUACGUUUGUGUGGGGCGUGACCAAUAAUCGGCUUACUGUGAAUAAGCCUGAGCCACCAGUCACGAACAACUUGAAUGCUGGAGUCCGUGCACCUCGAACUCUCCCCUGGAAGUCCUGAGAAAUCCCUUCCUUGUUUCUUGGUCCGGGUUUUCAGCCAGCACUGAUGCAACUGAAGAGUUUUUAUUAGUGAACUUUUAAAAUCACGCUGCAUGUGUUACCUCACUUGAGUCUUAAACUGCCUUUUAUUUGAAUGUACUGGUUUUUUGUGUGUUUUUUCUACUUUUUCAUAAGCUGUGGUUUUUUAACAAGGUUUAAAACUGACCCUGGUUCCCUGGAUUAGAAUGAGAAUACCACUUUGGCUUCUGUUGAAAUAUACAAGUCUUGCUCUGUUUCAUUAAAGCUUCAAAUCCAACAAAUCUUGUGUGAAACAGAAAGGUGCAAGAUUUUGAGGGAGCUGUAAUCUGUUUCUCUUAUCAAUAAAAUACAGGACUGUUUAGAA